AUGCUUCGCGCCGUCUUUCCGUCCAAACGUGCUUUCCACUUCGUACGUAAGUCUUCUAUCGGUAUUUUGUCUGGUCGCGAAACACGAUCGUACUCCAUAGCUUCCCAGUCACAAUAUGCGAUUCCUAAGACCCAAACUGCUGUCAUUUACGAGGCCGACAAUGCACCACUACAAGUCCGCGACGAUUGGCCUGUCGUGCAGCCUGAAGCCCUUCAGCCUGGUGAGAUUCUUGUUCGGAUUGCUUACACUGGUGUGUGCCACUCGGAUCUCUCCGUUUGGGAAGGUGAAGGUCCUCCUGGGGUUAAAUUAUUUCCUAUGAUCGGCGGACACGAGGGUGCAGGAUAUGUAGCUGCAAUUGGUGCAUAUACCAAAACAAAACUCCAAGUAGGUGAUGCUGUAGGCGUCAAGUGGAUUGCUCAGACAUGUCUUGGCUGUGAGGAUUGUCUAAAAGGGCAUGAAACAACGUGUGGGAAUGCAGGAGUUCAUGGCCUCACGCACCAUGGGACUUUUCAGCAAUGGUGUGUCUCUUUCGCAGACCACGUAACUCCUAUACCAAAAACAAUGGACUUGGCCUCAGCAGCUCCAAUCUUGUGUGCCGGUAUGACUGUAUACAAAGCGUUGAAGCAGAUUAAUGGGUCACCAGGGGAAUAUGUUGUGAUUCCUGGAGCUGGAGGUGGUUUGGGUCACCUGGCUUGUCAAUAUGCUCGUGCAAUGGGCUACAAGGUCGUGGCAAUCGACUCUGGAGAUGAUAAACGCAAGCUCAUCGCAUCUUACGGUGUUAACGACUUUAUUGAUUUCAAGGAUGGAGAUGUCGUCGAUCGAGUCCGUGCUGCAACUGGUGGCCGUGGAGGUCAUGCAACGAUCGUUGUUGCAGGCUCGAAGGAUGCGUACAAGGAUCCGUUGAUGUAUUUGCGUCCUCGCGGCACUCUUGUGGCAGUCGGUGUUCCGAAAGAUACGGCUAUUGUUGCGCCGAUUAAUCCCUUGAUUCCACUCGAGUAUCGUAUCGUUGGCUCGUAUGUAGGUUCUCGGCAAGACGCCAUUGAAGCGAUUAACCUUGCUGCUGAUGGUCACGUCAAGAGCACGUUUUCCAUCGAACCACUUAGAAAUCUACCUGAUAUCUUUGAACGUGUGCAUUCUGGCAAAGUACAAGGUCGAGUCGUGCUGGACUGCGAGUAA